AUGCUUGCUGGAUUGUUUUAUAAACAGAUUGGAUUUCACGCCUGUGAUGCAAAAUCUUCGGCUGAUGGCGUUACAGAGGUGAGGGAGAGGGACAUGGAUCGCGUCAUUCGAAGCGAGUCGUUAACCUUGUGUCGCGAUGCUGACUUCUCAGAAGAUGUUGAUUUCAGCAACGAAGUCUCAGUAACGGCGACCGGGUGCAAUGGGGCACAACAUCGGAGCAGUUUGCCUAAAUGCGAUGGCUGCGAUCUCCACAGUGGUUUUGGUUCCUCGGGAAAUGAUGUCGAAGAAAUUCUAACGGAAGAAGAUGUGGGUAUUUUUUUUGAAAAGUUUAAAGCUGUGGUAGGAGGUUACUUGAUCCGAAUGCGGUGGCGGAGUGGCUUCUGCCGGAGGCUUAGGAGAUUCAUUUUGGAGAACUGCAAAGUGGAGAACCUAUCAAUAGGGGAGAGAGGGGCCACAUCAUCUAAAAGGCGGUUUUACGUCUCGCAGCUGAUAUCUUUCCUUGAGGAUGGUGCGGCACCCUUUGUGGAUUAUAUUAAGGCUGGUGGGCACUUUGGUGUUUUGCCAGCCUCACAUCAGACCUCAGAUUUGAAGGAGCAAAUGGAGCACCCCAUUUCUGUUGAACCUGCUAAAAGAGUAAUGGCAGCGCAUUCAUCCAUUGAGGCAAAGGUUAACACAGACUUCAUACAGUUUUCUUUGAUGGAAACUAUCGGUUUGCAUGAUGUCACCUCAGAAAACGUAACAACAGUUGUGAACUCUUCGUUUUUAGCAGCGAGAAGACGUGAUUUUCUGGAAAAAAUCUUUUCCAGUGAAACGCGAGAGGGGACUGCUAGCAACUUUUACACUACAGUUGCCUCAGGUAUUUUUUGUCCACUAACUUUUUCUCAACCACUGACUGCUAUGUACGGUGGAGGGUAUGGACAGCUUGUUCGGCACAUUGAACAAAUAUCGGAAAACUGA